CUCUGUUAGCGACAUGUAAACAAAGGGGGCGCGCCAGAUGUCAUGUCACCGCCGUCAGUAUGCGCACACUGCCAGUGCCAGCUAAAGCAGAAAACGUGUUGUACUUACAGUACCUGCACAGAGAAGACCAUUGCAGUUGAGAGGGAAGGAUGGCAAAAAGAAGUUGGAGAAUGACCUCUGGUCCCCAUUGGCUGCUUCUCCUGUCAAUCACCUUUGGGGCAUGGUCAGUGCCCAUUGACCGCAAUGCAGUUCCCCAGGAAGCCCAUCCCCCGCCGGAGGGGAAACAGGAAGAGAACUUGGAUACCGGCCUGUUCUAUGACAGGUACCUGAGGGAGGUGGUCGAGGUGCUGGAGACCGACCCUCUGUUCAGGGAGAAACUGCAGGCCGCGAACACAGAGGACAUAGAGGGUAGGCUCGGUAAGGAGCUGGACCUGGUCGGCCACCAUGUCAGGACCCGGCUGGACGAGCUGAAGAGACAGGAAGUGGCACGCCUCAGGAUGCUGCUGAAGGCCAAACUGGACAGUACCAACACAGAGACUCUGCAGAUAGACCACGCCGCUCUGCUGAAGCAGUUCGAGCACCUGGACCCCCACAACCAGAACACCUUUGAGUCCGCAGACCUGGAGCUGCUCAUCGCUACGGCCGCCAAGGACCUGCGGAACUAUGACCUGGAGCGUCACGAGGAGUUCAAGCGCUACGAGAUGCUGAAGGAGCAUGAGAGGAGGGAGCACCUCCGCGGCCUGGACCAGGAGGAGCAGGAGAGGGAGGAGCAGAGGCUGCGGCGGCUGAGCGAGAAACACAGGCAGCACCCCAAAGUCUACGCUCCGGGCAGUGUAGCACAGCUUCGGGAGGUGUGGAGAGAAACCGAUGGUCUCGACCCUCAGGAGUUCGACCCCAGAACCUUCUUCAGCCUUCACGAUACUAAUGGAGACGGUGUCCUGGAUGAGCAGGAGCUUGAAGCUUUGUUCACUAAAGAGCUUGAGAAAGUGUAUGACCCCCGGAAUGAAGAGGAUGACAUGAUAGAGAUGGAGGAAGAGCGACUGAGGAUGAGAGAACACGUCAUGAAGAACGUGGACGUGAAUCAGGAUCGGCUUGUCAGCCUGGAUGAGUUUCUGAGAUCGACGCAGAAGAGAGAGUUUGGCAGCCCUGAAGAGUGGAAGACCCUGGAUGACUCAAAGCCUGUGUAUACAGAGGCGGAGCUCCAGCAGUUUGAGGCGGAGCUUCGAGAGAAGGAGGCGGAGCUGGCCCAGAGGGCGGAGUCUCUGCGGCAGGAAGAGGAACUUCUGAAGCAGUGGGGCACGGCGCUGGAGGCUCAGAGGAAAGAGUACCAGCAGGCGGUGAUGGACAUGUCACAGAGACAGAGAAACCAGCAGGCAGUGGACGGGCAGCCCCUGCCGGGUCCUAACGGGGAACUCCAGUUUCGACAGGAGAUGAAAAACCUGGAAGAACAAGGAGCAAACGCCACCAUUUCUCUGGAUUUUCCUGGAGAAGAACGGAUGAACACCUCUAAUGAGCCCACACAGAACCUUCCACUACACACGUCCUAACAGCCUACCGUAUUCACUCCAUCCCUACACACGUCCUAACAGCCCCCCCCACUGUCACUCCAUCCCAACACACCUCCAGACCCCCACUCUCACUCUCACUCCAUCCCAACACACCUCCAGACGCCCCAUCAGGGUCUGCUGCUUUUCACUGCUACUCAGCAGUUAAUGCAUUUCUGUUCAAAUGUAGCUAUUUGGCAGACACUUAUCCGAGUGACUUACACUAGUGCACACAUCCAGAUUUAGGCUGCAAACAGUGCUGCUUCCAGAUCCUCAGUGUCACAGCCCAUAAUAGUGGACAGUACAUAGUCUUACAACAUACAGUUAUUUAUAUAGUGGGUGCAAAACCGAAUUGACAAUGCACAAUUUAUCGCACCACUCUCUGUUAAGCAGGGGGCAGUAAGCCCCUUUAGGGAGAGGACAGUACUGCUCUUUAGGUAGGGGACAGUAAUCCCCUAUAGGUAGGGGACAGUAAUCCCCUAUAGGUAGGGGACAGUAAUCCUCUUUAGGUAGGGGACAGUACGCCCCUAUAGGUAGGGGACAGUAAUCCCCUUUAGGUAGGGGACAGUAAUCCCCUUUAGUAGGGCACAGUAAGCCCCUUUAGGGAGGGGACAGUACUCCCCUUUAGAUAGGGGACAGUAAGACAGUUUAGGGUGGGGACAGUCAGUAGACUGAGGGUUGAAGGAUCUGGCAGGAGUGUAGGUUUUGAUAACAGACUGCAGGUAUGAGGGUGUUGUUCCCCUUGCUGCAACCUCCCCCUGUCUGCAAUUGGUUCAUCCAAAUAUCACAUGGUUGUUUGCAUUACGGUUGACCAGCCAGGGGCGGAGUCCAACUUUUUUUUCUGGUUUAUUUCAUCAUUGAACUGUCCUGUGAGAGCAUUGUCUUGGUUCUGGGAGCACUGUCUUGGUUGGUUGAGCGAAUGUGUCGCUCUCCACACUGUUGCUCAGUUACAACUGGAUGACCGAAGCUUUGAUACCAAUUGCUCGGUCAAGCAUAUCAAAACUAAUUUCACACAUAAUCACACAAAAAUCAUUUAUCUAGUUGAUAAAGACUUUAGGAUGGGAAUGAAUAAUUGUGCCUGUUGUAGUUACAAAAAUGAUCGGUUUGGAACUCCGCGGAGAUUACACCUUCGACAUAUUUUCAGGUUUUCACUGAAAUUGUGACUGUGAACUUGUUUUGCACAGUUUAAUGCUUUUCUCAUUCUGCCUGUAAUACGCCUUGAUACAUGUUUCCCUUAGCCUAUAUAUCAUCCAUCCAUUCAUUAUCUAACCCGCUUAUCUUGAUCAGGGUUGAGGGAGGUGCCGAAGCCCAUCCCAGCAUGCAUUGGGAUAGAGGCACGAAUACACCCUGGACAUUUCGCCAGUCUAUCGCAAGGCACACACACCAAUCACUCACACACUCGUUCCUGGGGGAAAUUUAGACUGUUAACCUAACCAGCAUGUCUUUGGACUGUGGGAGGAAACCAGAGUACCCAGAGGAAACCCACACGGACACGGGAAGAACAUGCAAACUCCACACAGAAAGGCCCCGGCCGGGAUUUGAACCCGGUACCUUCUUACUGCGUGGCAGGAGUGCUACGGCAGUGUAGUAUAGCGGGUAAGGAGUUGGUCACAAGUUCGAUUCCCCAGUGGGACACUGCUGUUGUACUUUUGAGCAAUGUACUUAACCUGAAUUGCUUCAGUAUAUAUUCAGCUGUAUAAUUGGAUGCAAUGUAAAUGCUAUGUAAAAGUUGUGUAAGUCGCACUGUGUAAGAGCGUCUGCUAAAAAUGCCUGUAAUAUAAUGUAAUGUUUCAUAACGUUUAUGAAAUUAGGUCCCGGUGGGUGCAGAAAUGGAAGCUGUACUGCUGGGAGUUGGUUUUGAGCAUACUUACCACGGUGUUCACGGACGUGUCUGCCGGUGGUUCAUUUUCGAAAAAGUUGUUUUGUUUGGAGUGUCCUGCCUACUUGACACCUGACUCUGCGAGUUACUGACUCCGCACUGGGAGUUCUUUCCGCCCCUCGUUCUCUCUGUCCCUCACACUUCCUCCCUCCCUCCCUCCCUCUCACAGGCAGGUCGGCACACUCGUUCAUUUCUGAGGUGUUACGUUUUUGGGCCUAAUAAAGGAUUCGGGUUUAAACAGAGCCCUGGUGGAUGGCUUGAGCGGUUUUGUGAAGGACCAGGCUGGAGUGAAAUGAGCAUUUCAAAUAUGCAGCUGAUUAAAACGUGCAAAUCGUAUGAGAGGAGAGUGUUCUUCGGAACAUUGGUGAAAAUAGAUGUUUCUUUGAAAAGUUCCAGUAAUCUACUUGAAAUAAUUAUUUUACCCCGGUCUGAGUGCUUUGUCAAAGUAUUUUGGCUGCCUCUCUCACUCUUAGCGAUAUACUGUGCAGUAUCACACACACACACACACACACGCUCGCUGGUUAGCCAGCAUAAAUAAACAGAAAAGGACAGACCCUGGUUAAUGUAGCAAUACACCACAGUAUACAGCUAGCCCAGGCAGC